UGGCGGUAAUGCACCUUUAGUGGUUUGCCAACCGCCAUGAAGAAGAAUAAGAAGAGGACGAAGAAGAAGAAACGCUGUAAAUUCACAAUAGAAGAAGAGGAUUUUUGUUAAUGAGAAACACCAUUUAGACCUCAUAAUAAGACUUGUAAUGGAAUCAGCAGGGAUACGACCGUGUUCUUCUAGAAAACCUCCACACACUCCUGGUCCCACUGACUCACAGCUUUGUGGGGAUGUGCAGACAGAAACAUCUACGUCUUCAGAUGGAGGGACAUCAGGCUCUGUAGAACACAUCACCCGUGUGAACCUUCAGAAACAUGUAAAAAAGGAAGAAACUGUAGAUGAAGAAUACUUCUCGACACCAGUCUCUUUGGGAUACAUCACACCUGUGGACCUACAGAAUCAUGUGAAAAAGGAAGAACCUGAAGAUAAAGACGAUCUCUAUGCUGGGACAUCAAAUUCUGUAGAAAAUGUAGACCAAAAUAAAGGAGGAUUUGAAAGGAAGCAUAUAAAAGAGGAAGAGUCUGAAGAUGAAGACAACCUCCGUACAAGGACAAACUGGGAAAUGGAUGAUUCACAGGUACAAGUCUUCUCCUGCUCCCAGUGUUCAUUUUCCUUUACAUGUCAAAUUGACCUCCACAAACACAUCAGAAGAUACCACUAUGAGGAAUAUGAAAGACUGCUACAAUCAGGAGAGUUAACUAACAUGAACCAUACAACCCCAAAAAGCUCCAGUAUUCAGCAAACAGCCUCCAUUACACCCAACAGUAACUCCUCUAAUAAACAAAUGCAGAAAGAAGUCUAUCCCUGCUCACAGUGUGGGAAAAGUUUUACUCACCGGCGUAAUGUCAGACAACACCAGCGCAUUCACACAGGAGAAAAGCCGCAUCACUGCUCACAGUGUGGAAAGAGUUUUAAUCAAAAGAGUAAAUUACAAUCACACCAGCGCAUUCACACUGGAAUAAAGCCGUAUCACUGCUCACAGUGUGGGAAGAGUUUUAAUCAACCGAGUGAUCUACAAAAACAUCAGCGCAUUCACACAGGAGAAAAGCCGUAUCACUGCCUUGAGUGUGGGAAGAGCUUUAAUCAACAUAGUAAUCUACAAACACACCAGCGCAUUCACACAGGAGAAAAACCAUAUCACUGCUCAGAGUGUGGGAAGAGCUUUAUUCAACAAUCUCAUCUACAAACACACCAGCGCAUUCACACAGGAGAAAAACCCUAUCACUGCUCGGACUGUGGGAAGAGUUUUAUUCGAUGGAGUGAACUACAAAUACACCAGCGCAUUCACACAGGAGAAAAGCCAUAUCAUUGCUCAGAGUGUGGGAAGAGCUUUAUUCGACGGAGUGAACUACAUAUACAUCAGCGCAUUCACACAGGAGAAAAGCCGUAUCCCUGCUCAGAAUGUGGGAAGAGCUUUAAUCAACAGUGUGAUCUACAAAGACACCAGCGCAUUCACACAGGAGAAAAGCCAUAUCGAUGCUCAGAGUGUGGGAAGACCUUUAAUUAUCAUAGUAAUCUACAUAAACAUCAGCGCAUUCACAUAGGAGAACAGCUGUAAGAGUGCCCAAAGUGUGAGAAGAGUUUCAGUCAAGAGUCAUUUCAUACAACUAUAACAAAUUCACAUAGCAUAGUUACUGAUUUCAGAUUUACUUUUUCAGGUGCCUUUAACACCUGAGUACUCUAGCAUGGAGUCAGAGACCUGUAAUGUAUGAUCUCUAAAUUAAUUUAUGUUUUUUUUUUAAAAAACGUAGAUUAAACUGGCCUUUAACAGUUAUCAUGAUUUGUCUAAGGUAUAUACACUACCAUGCAAAAAUUUGGAAUCACUCAGAAAUUCCCUUGCUUUUAAAAGAAAAUCACUAUUUUUAAUUAAAAUAACAUUAGAACAGAAAUACAGUCUAGACAUGGUUAAUGUUGUAAAUGAUUAAAGUUGGAAACAGCUGGUUUUAAUAGAAUAUCUACGUAGGCAUACCAAAGCUCAUUUUUGGCAGCCAUCACACCUGUGUUCCAAUUCCAUUGUAUUAGCUAAUCCUAAAUUAUCGUAAAAAGGUUAAUUCAUCAUUAGAAAACAUUUAUGCAAUUAUGUUAUGCUGAAGUUAUAUUUUAUAAAGGUUUGUACUACUCCAUUCACAGAACUGUACAAACGGGCUGUAACUAGGAUAGAAAAAUAAGUUGUAGGUCCUGGUGCACAACUGAGCACUAAGUGAGGUGCUUGGAUCACAGAACAUAUGUGAGGUGCAGAACAAAUCUAAAGAUGUUGGAGGAGUGCUUGAUGACGCAUAUCAAUCACAGUUGAGGGAAUGUGAUGGUCUGGAGUUCUUUGGUGCUGGUAAAGUGGGAAAUUUGUAAACGGGAAAAGGAAUCUUGAACAAGGAAGUGUAUCACUCUACAAUGCCAUGCCAUAUGCUGUGACAGUGCUUGGUUGGAGCCCAUUUUAUUUUUCACAGGACAGUGACCCAAAGCACUGCUCCAAAUUAUGCAAAACCUAAUUAGGGAUGAAGGUGUCAGUGGAAUUCUCCCUGUAAUGGAUUGGCCAGCACGGUCACCGGAUCUCAACUGUAUUGAUCUGCUGUGGAAGCAGUUUGGGCAGAUGGUAUGAAAAAAUUGGCCAUCAACCCAAUCCAGCUUGUGGGAGGUCCUUUAGGAGGCAUGGAGUGAAAUUGAAGCAGGUCUACAAGGCUGUAGUUGCUGAAAAUAGAGGAUUCUUUGAUGAAAGCAAAGUUUGAAGCACUAAAUUGUUAUUUCAAUCAGAAAUAAUUAUUUCUAACUUUGUUGAUUUAUUGACUCUUUUCUAUUCAUUUCACAAUUAUUGGAUGAACGAAAAUAUAGGUUUCAUGGAAAAUGUGAAAUUUUCUAAAUGAUUCCAAACUUUUAAACAGUAGUGUGGAUAAAUGUAUUUACUGUAUGCUGUGAAUAUAUCAGAUUUUCCCUGGGAAGUUUAGGUGCUGGUCACUGCGUCUGGAAAUGAUUCAGUUUAAUAAUGGGUUAGAUUCUAGCCUGUUAAGUCAGCAUCACUGCUGUAAACCAGGCUUCAUUUCCCAUAAUGCACAGCCCACCACCAGACAUAGAAAAAAAAAAGAUUAUCUUGGUUCAGCCUGACUCAGCUGAUUUUGUUAUGUUUUUCACUUACAGUAUGCUUCAUUACUGCAUUGAUUGAAAUACUUUUUCACCAUUAAAAAAAUAAGUCUCUCGCA